UUCCUCUACGAGACAUAUUUACAUACUUUCACCGGAGACAUCUAUAUGCUGUGCCAACAACAAUCACACUCAGCAGCAUCCUCAGAUACAUACACCCAACCAUCAUCAGCCUAGGCGCACACCACCGUACUUGACGCCCCUUAAUCAGGUACAAAAACAUCGUGAUACCACGCCAUAUUCACGACGAAGUCUUCUUUGGAUCUCCUCGUCCAGUUUCCAUAACUGUUAUUAAAGGAUCCUUAUUUGCUUCCUGGGAUCCUUGGAAAAGAUGUCUAGCCAUAGAGAUCACCGCUACGGCGCCGCCAAGAAGAGGCUCUACCUUGAGCCUCCCCGGAACGGGUCCGAGACGAUCCGCAGGCGGGUGACGACGAUCAUCCCGGCGCCAGCACCGCCGUGCCCGCCACCCGUGAUCGUGGAGCCCCCGCCACCGCCUCCGCUCUGCCUCCCGCCGCCGCCCAAGCCGGCCGAGCCGGAGACGAUCGACGUGAUCGCCGUCGACGUGGCGCCGUCGGAGCGGAGCAGCAAGAGCAGCCGCAGCCGCAGCCGGGGCCGCCGGGCGUCGCACGACUGGGAGAGGGAGAGGGAGGUCUAUGUCGAACGGCAGACGUUCGUCCCCGUGCGCGUCCAGCCAGAGUACGAGACGUAUCGCUAUGUCGAGGGCCCGAGGAGACCCCCGGCCCCGAGCCCGCCGAGGAGCCCGCCGCCGAGGAGGAGGAGCGUCGAGGGAGGCGAGAGGAUUAACAUAUUGAUCGAGGAUAGGCAUAGGGAGAGGGAGUAUUGCCGCAGGUGACGAGGGCCACUUUUGAGGGAGGGCCUACUUGGUUGUAGCAACAGUAUGCUACCUGGAAGCAUGGGCUUUUUCUUUUAUUCUAGGACCUGCGGGGGUUGUCGUGUCUUCAUUCAUGCUUGAGUGUCUUUUGUCCUGCGUUAUUUGUACUGGAAAAACAGCGACAGGCUCGG